GGAGGAACAUGAAGAAAGAAACAGUUUUCUUACAACUGUGGUCUCACCCUCCUGUGCCAUUAAACACUAACUCAUAAAGGAGACGGGGAGAGGCAGAUUGGAGGAAAAGUGGGAUAGGGUCAUCAGUUUGAACAGAGACGGUCACCCGCAGCUCUGGAAGGAAACCCGACACACUGGCAAGGGUGAGUGGGUGACCACAGAAAGAGGGAGAGACGGGGACUGACGGAGGAGCAAAGGUUUGGAGGAGGAGGAGGUCCAGGAGGAAGAGUGGGAGAAGCCAUUCCCUAUGGCAACUGACCCAGGAGAGCCAACAGGUACCGGGGACACCUCGGAGAAACCUGAUGGACGGAUGGAGGAGGAUGCAGAGCGAGAGGGCAGGGCCGACCAACAGAGGGAAAGGACACACAGUACCCCGUCGGACUUCCCCUCCUCCCAGACUCAGGAGAGGAAACUGGGAGAGGAUGGAGUAAUCCAAGGGGGAGGAGGAGGGGAAGCCAGUAAGGCGGCUGAGGACAACCCAGACAGACAGAUUUCAUUCUCCACGCCGUCCUUAAUAGUAGACUCUGGCCAGAAACGACUGAGGAGGGAGAAGCGCUUCUUCAGGAAGAGUGUGGAGAUUUGUGAGCAGGACGAUGAGGUGGAGGUGCCUCCUGAGGCACCCCACAGUGCCCCCCAUCUGGAGCUGCGCUCCUCAGACUCAGUCUUCACCAGCAGUGCCACGCAGCAAGGAGCUGCUUCAUCCUGUGCUGCAAUGGGCCAUGACCCAUCCUGCCCCAGCUCCAGCCAGGAGCCUGGCAAGGAUGCCUCUUCCACUGCACUCAUCCAGAGGGGGAAAGAGAGGGACCGUGAGCUGGAGGAGGAGGCAGAAAUGAAGGCUGUGGCGACGUCUCCUGGAGGCAGGUUCCUCAAAUUUGACAUUGAACUGGGCAGAGGAGCCUUCAAGACAGUAUACAAAGGCCUAGACACAGAGACCUGGGUGGAGGUGGCUUGGUGUGAACUUCAGGACCGCAAACUGACCAAGGCGGAGCAACAACGCUUCAAAGAGGAGGCUGAGAUGCUGAAGGGGUUACAACACCCUAACAUCGUCCGCUUCUAUGAUUCUUGGGAGUCUGUGCUCCGCGGCAAGAAGUGCAUCGUACUAGUCACUGAGCUCAUGACUUCAGGAACACUUAAAACUUACCUGAAACGCUUCAAGGUGAUGAAACCCAAAGUCCUGAGGAGCUGGUGUCGUCAAAUUCUGAAGGGCCUUCACUUCCUUCAUACCAGGACUCCUCCGAUAGUCCACCGGGACCUCAAAUGUGACAACAUCUUCAUAACAGGCCCCACAGGCUCAGUGAAGAUAGGUGACCUAGGGCUGGCAACUCUUAUGAGGACCUCCUUUGCCAAGAGUGUCAUAGGAACCCCAGAGUUCAUGGCUCCAGAGAUGUAUGAAGAGCACUAUGAUGAGUCUGUGGAUGUUUACGCAUUUGGGAUGUGCAUGCUGGAGAUGGCAACAUCAGAGUACCCCUACUCAGAGUGCCAAAAUGCGGCUCAGAUCUAUCGCAAAGUCACAAGUGGGAUAAAGCCAGCCAGCUUUGAUAAAGUUAAUGACCCAGAGAUCAAAGAGAUCAUCGAAGGUUGCAUUCGUCAGAACAAGAGCCAGAGACUCUCCAUCCGAGACCUCCUGAACCAUGCAUUCUUCGGAGAGGACACAGGGGUCCGGGUGGAACUGGCAGAGGAGGACACAGGCACACAGGACUGCCUGGCUCUGCGGAUUUGGGUUGAAGAGCCGAAAAAGUUGAAGGGGAAGCACAAAGACAACGAGGCUAUCGAGUUCAGUUAUGACCUAGAGAAUGACAGCGCUGAGGAAGUGGCUCUAGAGAUGGUAAAGUCAGGAUUCUUUCAUGAGAGUGAUGCCAAGCUGGUGGGAAAAUCCAUCCGGGACAGAGUUAAUCUGAUCAAAAAGUCACGGGAGCGACGGCAGCAGCAGCUCCUCCAGCAGCAGCAGCAGGGCUAUGAAGAAAGAAGAGACUCCACUCUCCCCUCCUACACCUUCUCUCAUCCUUCCUGUGUGUCCUCACUGGGGCCAGUGACGGCUGGACAAACAGGAGGUGGAGGAGGACUAGGAGGGCAAGAAGGUGAGGAGCUGCCUGAAGUAGACCAGCAUGUCAGGCAGCAACACAUUUUCAGCGGGGCAGCACUUAGUCUUCCAGCAGGCGAGAGCAUUGGGUCUGCCAGCUGUGAAUCUUAUGCAAGUGGACAGAGCCAGGCGUACUCUCAGCAAGGAGAAGCAUAUGCACACUCCCAGAUAACUCUGCCCCCUACAGCAUCUCAGACCCAACCCCCUGUCACGCCCAUGCAGCUCACUGACAUCAUUCCCCAGGCAGCACCCCAGCAAACACAGCCUGUCAUGAUCCCUCAGCAGACUAUUGUCACACAACAACAGAUAGGGAUGGAUCCCCAUACCUCCACCCUUCAGCAGCAACAACCACAACAGCAAAUGGAUGCCCAGGGCACACUGCUUGAUCAUCAACAAGUUAGGGCAACUCAGCCAGCAACAGAUCAACAUCAACACAACACUUCAGCUGCAGCUGUCCAGAAACAUCAGCAUGAGCAUCCGCAGCAGACCUACGUACAACAGCCGUUUCCUCAGCAGCACGUUUUACCUACACAAACAGGUAUGGAGCAGCAAGCUUUACAAUUACCACAAACAGGGGAGCAACCUCUGACUUACAAACAGCAACCAACAGGGGAUACUUGUGAGCAGAACAUAAUACAAUCUCAACGACUGCAACAACAGCUUCAGCAACAGCAAACUCUGCAACAACAAGAAACCUUAGCGCCAGAGCAGCAUCAGACGUAUGUCCAGCAACAGCUUGAUCAGCAGCAACAAAAAGCUUUGCUUCAGCAGCAGCAGGCCACACUGCAGCAGCAUCAACUGGAACAGCAGCAAGUACUUCUACACAAGCAAUUGAUGGAUCAACAACAGCAGCAGGUACUUAUUAAACAGCAAGAGCAACAGCAGCAACAACAAGGUCUUCUACAACAACAGCAGUCACAACAAGCCUGUUUACAACAUCAGUUAGAGCAGCAUCAACAACACCUUCCUUUACAGCAACAGCAGCAGAGCCAGUUAUAUCAACAAACUGGAAUACAAAAUGAACCAGAGAAGCAACAGCUAAGUGGGCACCAGCAGCAACAAACUGUACUGCAGCAGCAACCCCAGCUGAGUCAACAGCAACAAGAACAACAAUUACAUCAGCAAGCCCUUCUUCGACAUUUAGAACAACAACAGCAACAAGCACUAUUACAUCAACAUUUGCAACAGCAAGCUAUUUUACAAAAGCAGCAGCUACAACAGAAAGCUCAGCUACAGCAACAGCAACAAGAGCAGCAACAGGUGCAACUCAUGCAGCAGAUAGAACAGCAGCAGCAAGCUCUUUUGCAGCAACAAUUAGAACAACAGCAUCAGCAACAAGUACUCUUACAACAACAACAAGCAGAGAGAAUGCAGCAUCAGGCUCUGAUACAGCAACAGAUUCAAGAUCAGCAGCAACAAGCUGCGAUCAUGAAACUUCAGGAUAUUGCCCCCAUUCAAAAAAAUAACAGUGAGAAGCAGAUACAGGAGCAACCAACUGAUAUACAGCGCACUUGUAUCCCACAGCUAAAUGCCACUCAGUUUACUUCUACUACCAUGCUCACACCGCAGCAGGUGCUGGAGCACCAACAGCAAGCAGCACCCACCCAGCAGCAUCACACUUCUGUUCUGGAAACUCAAAUCCCAGUUGGACCUCCAGGUACUCAGGUGCUCCAGCACCAAACUCAAAUUGUCUCACAAGCCCAGGCCUCCAUGGCCCCUCGGACUACGCAGAUCCCUGACCAGAUGUGUGGUGUUGUUCAAGCUAAAGUCUUUACCCAGCAGGGACGAGGUGAGGCUCAUCCCCAGGACCAGACCAAUGUUCCAGCAGCUCAGGCUUUGAUUGAUGCCCAAGUAACUCCUCCAGCAACAGUGAUCCAGGGACAGACACAGGCCAACCAGACCCAGCAUGUUCCUUUACAGGCAAGUUAUCAAGGACCUGUAACUCCCACACAGAGCCAAGUAGCUCCUCAACCAUCAGUCCAGAUUCAGUCUCUACCCCCAUCACUAAGGCAGGUCCCAACACCACAUGGUCAAGGCCAAAUGAUUGACAUUCAAAUGAUUGGCCAACAAAGCCAAUCUGCUGUCCAGUCUCCAGCUACAAUAACCUCUAUUCAGACCAAUCAAGAGACUCAUGUUCAUCAAAAUGCUAAAUUGACAGGGCCGAUGCAGCUCAAGGGCCAACAACAAAAUCAAGGCCAGCCCCCAAUCCAGAUGCAUGCUCAGGUUGCCACUGCCAUUUUAGCUCCUCAUUGUGUUCCUCAGCUUGCCCAACAAGCCGGCCCAUCUGUACAACAGGAUAUAACUCUUAUCAUGCAGCCACAGCAGCAACAGGAGCCAGUACUGCAGUAUCAGAGGAUGACCCUGUCUUCUGGCCCAGCUGGAAGUGUUGGAACAACAACAGAUGAUCUUAGUUCUGUAGUUGACCCUGCAACCCGUAUUGGCACUUCCCAUCUUGUGCAGCAGACUGUACCCGCCUUUAUUGCAGGUCAAACAACACCACAUUCAGUUGUUCAGGCCCAGCAGCAGCAGCCUCUAAUAAGCACUCCUGACUCUUCAGUCAUACAGCCUAUUUCCCAACCUUCUUUGCCUCAGUGUACUGGGCAAUACCAGAGACCGCUACAGAAGCUUUCUGAAGUACAGCAACCACUCGCUUCAACUCCUCCACACGCUCAGUUGCUGUCACAGCCAACACAAAGUCCAAUCCAACCAACAUUUUCUCCUAAUCAGGCUGUAAUACCGUUGGAGAAGAGUCAGAUGCCCCAACAGUGUUCACCUGCCUCAAAUCUGCUGAAUCAUCCUGCUGCACCAAGAGUCCCUUAUAAUGUGGCUGUGACUCAUUCACAGACUCUGCCCCUCAGUAGUCAUCUUACGGCAGGUGCCCCUCUGUCUCCAAAACACCAAGCCAAGCAGAUCCUGCCAGCCCACACACACACACAAACAAGCAGUCAGGCCCAAGCACACUCCCAAACACAGACACUCAUUCAGGCUCAUUCUCACACUCAGACGCACACUGAGAUACCGUUUGCAGAACAGCCAGUUCCACCCAAUGCUAUCUUUACUGUGCAACAGAUGCCUCUUAGCCCUUCUCAUAACUCAUGUACCCGAACAACCCUACCAUCCCUACCAUCCCACUAUCCUGCUGCUACCCCUGUGCCAGAGCUGCCUUUAUCUCCUCCAGCAACCAAGGCAACCUUUCCAGGGCAGGCAGACCUUGUACCCACCUCCCCUCCACCUGUCACUACUCUACAAACGCUUGAUUCUAAUGCCCCCAAACUUCCCCAAGGCUUGCUGCAAGACUGUGACCUUUCCCUGCUGGGCAUUGCUCAGGAUGGUCCAUACUUAUCAAGUACAGAACAUCAUUCUUCUUUGGGGUCUGUUCCUGCUAAUGGCGAAGAAUCUCUUCAGAUCUUGGCCAAUGGGAAGAUAGAGAAAUUGAAGACUCAAAGAAGAGCUUCCUGUCAAAGACCUGAUAAAGUUGCACAUCAGUUCCAACUGAGCAUGCUUCAGGUGUCCGGCAGUGGGGACAACAUGGUGGAAUGCCAGUUAGAGACCCAUAGCAACAAGAUGGUGACAUUUAAAUUUGACAUCGAAGGGGAUGCACCUGAGGACAUAGCGGAUUACAUGGUGGAGGAAGACUUUGUUCUUGAUGUUGAGAAAGAGAAAUUUGUGGAACAGCUUAGGGCCAUUGUCAAGAAAGCGCAUGAACUCCUCCAAAUGCAUUCCCAGACUGGAUCAACUGACCAGCUGCAUGUGAGCACUCCAACUAGCUCAACAAUGGAUGCAGUCCCCCACUCCUCCCCAGUGGGACGCUGGCGCUUCUUUAUCAACCAGACCAUCAGACAUAGAGACUCUCUAUCUGGCCAGGGAGCAGCCACAACACCACCCACUUCAGAGGCAAGGAUACUUCAAUCUCCAAGAGCAGAGAAAGCUGUAGAAAGUGAAGGAUUGCAAAGCCUGGAGUCUUUGACAGGAAUGGCCUCUCCCCCUUGCACCACUCUUUCAGCCACCUCCCCUCCAGUCUCAACUGUCUCAGCCCCUGCUUCCAUGGCCCCCUCAGUUACCGCUGCCCCUGCUCUUAACACUGCUUCUUCCGAAAGCAUCUCUGCACCAGCAUCCACACUUGAAGCUUCUAUCCCUGUCACUGCUUCAGUUGGUUUUGAAAGGCCAGUUCUCACCUCAGCCUCUGCUGACAAAAUUCCAUGUGCUCCCUCAUCCAUAGCAAUACCUGCUCCUGUUAACCUUCCCACCUUUUCCACUGCUCCUGCUGUUGUAUCUCCUACAACCAACACCAUUCUGCAAGAUACUUUCACUACACCGAGUAACAACAAUUGCUCCACUGUUGGUCAGUGUAUGGGGGAUGCAGUGAAAACUGCUCAAAGGCCAUGUGUGUCUACACUGGACCAGUCUACGACCUCUGUUAAUUCCCCUCCUACUGCUGCUACAGUGACCUCCUCUGCACUAAGCCAACUUUGUUUGGAGCAACAGCAGACCCUCACCCAAGUAGCCAAACUGGCCCCACCACAACCACAGCAACAACCACAACCACGGCUACAGCCUGCAUUACAGCAGAAGCUACCAGCAGUGCAACAGCAGCUGCAAUUUGAGCAACAGGUACAGCAGAUACAAAUGGCAACACCAGUGCAACAACAGCAAGGGUUCCAAGAACAACUUCAGGUGCAACAGGGACAAGCACUGCAACCGUUGCUCCAGCAGUCAGAGCAUCAGCAACUAAUGCAGACACAAAUGCCACCUCAACAACAGCUGACUGAGGUGCAGGUGCUGCCUUUGCCAGGUCAUACAGAGUUCUUGCAACAUCCUGUGCCUCUACAGCAGUUUCUGCCACCAAUGUCUCUACAGCAGGCCCAACAACAGCUCCCUCAACAGCAAGCAGCUCAGUAUAAACAGCUGCAACAGCAUCAAUUACAGCAGGUACAACAGCAGGCCCAAAUUGAUCCCCAUCAGCAGCAACAGUUAAACCUACAACAGACAAUACAUUUACAGCAACAGCAAAUGGUACAACAGCAAAUACAGCAGCAACAGCCGCUGAUUAUGAGUGCUGCUGUGGCUUUACAGUCAGAUCAAAUCCAAAUGCUGCCCAUGUCAGUUAGUCAACAGUUUCUUCAACAGGCACAGCUUAAUAUUAGCCCUUUACCACAACAGCACAUUCAACAACAAGCUCAAAUUCCUGCUGAGCUGGCACAACAACACAUACAGACACAGAAACAGGUGCAAAACUUUGAGCAGCAACAAGAGGUGGUUAAAGCCACUGACACACCUCAGAAACAGCAGCAGUUUCCAUUGCAAAAGCAGUCAUCUUUACAGAUGUCAGAGUCAGAAGUGUCCACAGGAGAGAUGAGUGUCACUGAAGACACGUGCAGCUACACUGCCACCUGUCACCCUUCUUCUGACUCUUCUCUGCCGCCUCUCCAACUGGUCACCACUGACGCCCCGUUACCGUCUCUCUCCCACACAAUGACACCCUCCCCUGCCCAGCCUUCCUCUGUGGCUGAGUCAGACAGUGAAGGACCCCCCAAAAUUGAUUUUGUAGACAACCGUAUAAAAACUCUGGAUGAAAAGCUAAGGAACUUGUUGUAUCAGGAGUACAGCAGCGGGGGAGCACAGGCAGGGGGCGCUGCCUCAGGGCCUACAGCAGCUGCCUCCACAUCAGCAGGAGGAGACGAGUCAUCUGAGCAACAUUCCAUUCACCACGUGUCUUUUCCUCCACCUGCCUCCUCCUCCUCAGAUACCUCCCCUCACUCCUCAUCCUCCACUACCUCCUCCACCACUUCCCGUUCUUCCUCCACCUCCCCUGACCCGGAGAUGGAUGGGGGAAGAGAGGAGGCUUCCUCAGAAUUUCCCAACUUAAUGGAGCUUGGUCCGGUCGAGCAGCAGCCUGGCCCCUCUAUCCCCUCCACCUCUGCCUCGUCCACCCCUCCUACCUCUCUUAUGCCCCCAAACCAGGAGGAGCCUACUGGGCCACAACGCCCGCCCAUACCAGGAGAACCAACUAUUCUUGCUGUACCCCCACACUCUGACACCAGUACCACCGGAGACGCAUCGUGGUCCCACAAUCAGCACCCGAUACCCCUCCAGCAUGGACAGCAGAAGCACAAUGCAGGAGGUGGAUAUUUUGGCCUAAACCUGACAUGUCCUAGUAUCAGAAAUCCUGUUAGCAAGAAAUCCUGGACUCGCAAAUUCAAAAACUGGGCAUGCAAACUGCGCAACUCCGCCAGCUUGUUCAAGAAGCCCCGAGUCCAAGAAGAUGGACGCUCCAGCAGUCAGACACUAAGAGAGGAGAAAGUGGCACAAUCCUUUAAUCCACCUCAGUCACAUAGAGGAAGGUUUCAGGUGACUCCUGUGCCCCAGUCUUGUCCUCCGAAGGAUGCUCUCACGGGCCAUUGUAGCACCCACAGGAAAGUGGGACGCUUCUCUGUAACCCAGGCUGAGACUAAGAAAGAGGACAGGCACACUGAGAGCUCCCCAGUGUCUACUUAUGUGGAGAGGGAGAGGAGGAGAUCUCGGGCUAAGGAGGGAGAGAGAGAAGAAAGUAAGAGAACCCCAGCGAUGCCUCACCUGCCUCGAGGUCAUGGGCACAGCCACUCACCCCUUGGCAGCAGUGAUGAUGAGAGUGAGAUGGAGGAUGAAGACCUGAGAAAAGAACUACACAAGCUCAGAGAGAAGCACAUCAAAGAAGUGGUUUUCCUCCAGGCUCAGCAGAACAGGGAACUGCAGGAGCUGUAUAGACAGCUUCGUUCUCUCAAAGACCAAAGGCAGAGUCUGCCUGCCUCCUUGUCACGAACCCCCCCUCUUCCUGCAGCACCUCCUGUCCUCUCUCCUCGUAGGCCCAGGCCGGCUAAAACCAAGCUCCGGACUCGUCCUCACUCUCACAUGGAUAACAAUGGAGUUUCACACUCUGAUAACAGCCCUUUAAGAAAAGGCACGUUCACUGAUGAACUGCACAAACUUGUUGACAAUUGGACAAAGGAGACAGUGGGCCCUUCCCCACCCAAGCCUUCACUCAAUCAAAUUAAGCAGAUUCAACAAGUGCAGGAGUUGGGAGGCUGGAGCCAGUCAACCGAGGUUCCUUCACAAAGUUGGUUUCCUGUGGCACCACUGAACCCCCAUGUACCCCCGACCCCUGCCAGCUUGCCUGUGGUAGCCCCUUCUCAUUACACAGGUGGAGGGAGCCUGUCCAACCUGCAGUCCACGGAACCACCACAACAAACACCCAUGGCUCAAGUGCAACCGGUGCAGCAAAGUUUACACCUCCAUCAGUCCCUCCCCCUCCAGCAGAUGACUUAUCAGCAGACCCCACUUCGCCAGCAGAUACAGCAGCCUCAGAUUGAGAGUCCCCUACAGUCUCAGUCACAACCACAGACUCAUCCUGUCACCCAGCUGCCCUGCACGCCCCCUCAAACCCAACCACGGCUGCCUUCCCAAAUGCCCUCAUCUCCAGUGUCCACAGCUGCGUCUCUCCUGCCUGGCAGUGGCACCAUAUCAACUACUGAUAGCACUGCUACUGCUGCUGCUGCUGGGGGGACAUUUAGCUCCUGUACCUCAUCUUCCACCUCUUCCUCCUCAUGCUCUACUGCUGCUCUACCUUCCAGUGCCAAAAUUCACCCAGCAACCCCAACCUCUACUCUUCCUCUGGGACAGAAAUGAAACCAAGGCAAAGUAUGAAGGUGUACAAGAUGGAAAUACAAAGUGGAUCAGGACGUAAAGCAGAUCCAUGUGGAGUGUUUAUGUGUAUGAAUGACAGAGCUGUGAUUGAAUGAAUAUAUGUUUUCCAGAACUUCUGGAUGAGGUGGGGCCUGAAUGUAAGAGAAGAUAGUUUCUAGUACGUAAAGACAAGAGGGUAAAAAAUGGAACACAGCAGAUGGGGUUAUUGAAUCAUGACAUGUUUGGGUGAUGAGAUGUAUAAAUUCUUAAAUGUAUGACUGUGUGCAUUUAUGAGUGAGUGUUUGUGGAUUAACUGAGUACAUAUCCCUUUAUGUAAUUUUACACAAAUUAAUGUUCUCAUUUUUGUUUUGAGACAAACUCAGUUGGACCUGAUCGAAGCACAGACAACAAGGACAAAAUAUUUGAUCUUUUGUUGAUAAUUUUUACGAGUGCUUAAAGUAAAAGGACUAUCAAUUUAUAAAAGUGCAAUUAGUAGUGAUCAUCUAAAUUGAUCAGCAUGUAUUGUAUGGAUUUGUCUGGAAGGCAUAAUAUAUUUUAAGAAGCACAUGGAUUAAAAAAAAAAAACUAGAUGCAGUAAAGAUCCUCUCAUGAUCUGCACAGUAUCUUCUCAAACUGAAGGCCUACAGCACAAGAUGUUUGGGGAAAAGAUUAGAUAUCAGCAGUCACACUGUCGAGCACGGUUAAGUUAUCUAGCUAUCGUCAUUACCACAAUUUGACCAAACCCAAUGAUAAUCAGCAUGUGCUUCAUUUGUUAUAUUUUAUGUUUAACGUUGUAACAUAAAAACUGUCCAAUUUAACGAGUGAUGUUACAUACAUUUAGAUCAAUUCAUAACAUGACGGCACAUUUAAAUAUGUCAUCUACUUUUAGUGGGUACACUCAGCCCAAGACUACAUUAUGUUAUGACUAAAUUGACUUGACUGUGUAUUCGUGGAUCCGACAUUUGAAGCCCACUGAGAUGAUUCAUCAGUCAUGAGUAAAUAUGGUUUCAGUAUUAUAGGCUUUCAAAACAACUCGGGAUGUCAUGCUGCACAUGAAGAUGAAAAGGAAAAAAACUGCCAAUUAUUACUUUAAUCUGGGAUGACCUUAUGGGUUAACCCAUGUUGCCUUUAAAGAACUGAAAUUAUGUGAGUGUGUGUUUAUAUUUUUUUCUGUGUGACAAAGCUGUGACAGUCCAAUUGUAUAUUGCAUUAUAAUUUGCACCUCUUUCUUUCAUUCAAAGCAGCCUCUCAGAUGUCAAUGUACCCAACUGAAAAUGUUUAUUCUGCCCGCAUGUGUUGGGUUUGUAGAGAAACUAAACAGGAAGGAUAGACAUACUAAUGCUAAAAGUUUGAUAUCCAACAUUGUUGGGCAAUCCUUAAAUGCCUGUUUAGCAAAUUUUAAAAAUCCUGGUUUCAAUUUUGAGAUUUUAGUCUUUGAGCACAAGCUGUCAGUGUGUAUGCAUCUGUCAGAUGCUGAACUGUGGGCCAUAACUGUGCUUUUUGCACACUCCAAAAGGUUUAAUCUAGUCAAAAAUAUUCUAUUGCUUUUUACUCAAUUUUUACACAGUAAUAUAUCAACAGUUGAUAUAGUACGGCACAUUUGAUUUCAGUUGUCCUUACACACUUUUGGGUAGGAUGGUCCGGUGUGAAUACACUUUUUGGCAUAUUUACUAGCAUGUAGUCAAAGCAGCAUUUCUGUUUUAUUAUAGAGAGAUUGUGUGCCACUGAAUACAGGACGUUGUACUAGUUGUUAAAAACUGCUAAUGUCAGUUUAAAAAAAACAUUAAAAAAUGAAGAAAGGGUUUGUGCUUAAGGUCAUGGUUGUUAAGAAACUGCAAUUGCAUAAUAAUAAUCUAGGAUAUAACAUUUUUUUCUGUAUUUGUUGCUUUUCAACAAAAUCCACAUUGUCCCUGAGUUGUAGUUCACAAAUAGUGAAUGUGAGAUACUGUGUGUCAUGUCUGAAACUAACAUGUUGGCCGCAAGUUCCAGCUUAAUGAUCAUGAUUCAUGAUGUGAAGCUGGCUUUGUCCUUGAAGUGUUACCAAAAUGUUAUCUAAAAGAUUAUUUUUGUAUUUUGAAAUGGGGUUGUACAAAUUGUAAAAUUGUGUUAUCAUUUUAAAUCACAAGUUGUUUGAAACUAGAAAACACUGGUUUUCAUUCCUCUUUACAUGGGACUCCCCUUCCUUGAUGUACCUCUUUGGGUCGUAAGAGGCCAGUGUCAUUUAAGAUUUGUUUAAAUAUUUUGUGUCAUUUCUGACAUCUUACGUCAGUUCUGAACCAUAACAGCUUUGCAGAUAUAUAAUACAGUAAACCUUACUGUAGAGUUGCAGGUCAGAUUUAUUCGAUGUAAAAACUUAUUGCAACAAAAACCUGGGGAGUCCAAAAAUGACAUCAAUGACAACCAAUGAUAAAAGGACAUUUUUGGCAGAGACACCUUGAGAAAUAAACUAUGUUGCUGGUGAUUUAGCCUCUGUAAAUUGUAACUAAUUCAACUGUUGAUUUUAUUUAUGUUUUGUAACUAAUCUAAAUAAAUGAUGUCAAACAUCAAACGACAA